GAAAAGACCUUCACCACCGACCACCAUCUGCUGUGCGUGCCCUCGCGCACCAAGAUCCCUUUGCGUCCGUUGCAAGCAAACUGUGUGAGACACAGUCAUAGUAUUGGCUCGCUCAUUCCCCAACAAGGCGACCCUCUACCACCGGCCCCCGCAUAUCGCCUUUCUGCACACAGAUCAACGUCUCUAAGGGUCGACUCGCGACUUGGAUUCGCGCGCAUCAGUCAAGAACCCUGAUUUCUGGCUUACUCUUCCCUCUAUGUCUCUGUAUCCACAGCCUCAGAGUCAGGGAUACGGCGCGGCGGCUUUCCCGCCCCCGGGCUACGGGCAGCCCUCGAUGUAUGCGCCCCCCGCGUUCAGUUAUGCUCCUCCCGCGCAGCCUGUGUACCACGUCGAUCCAACCAGUUUCCGACGGGAUUAUAGCACGCGUUUGGCUGAGCUAACAGUCAAUUCCAGACCGAUUAUCCAGAACCUCUCCAUGGUUGCCCAGGACUAUACUCGAUUCGCAGACAUCGUGGUGCAGUGCAUCGAGAGCCAUAUCCGUAGGGUGCCUCAGUGGAUGAAGCUGCCCGCCUUCUAUCUUCUCGAUGCGAUCUCCAAGAAUGUGUACAACCCAUACGCGAACUGCUUUGCUCCUCUGGUCGUCAGACUGUUCCUCGAUACCUAUGAGCAAGUUGACCAGAGUACACGCAGCAAGAUGGAGGAGAUGCUGUUGACUUGGCGGACAGGUUCUCCCAAUGGGAGAGAGCUCUUUGGCGUUGUUCCACAACUGGCCAUCGAGCGUCAAAUCUGGGGAGGCGAGUCGACACAGAAUGCCUCUUCGAGUCGCUUCGGCACGUCAUCGUCCGUAUCCGCCGCCCAGGUCCUGAGUGAACUUGAAUUCGUGUUGAAUCAGCAAGAACGCGCAUUGCAGAUGAACCCGUACGACAAGGCAAGCCAGCAUCAUGUCGCCGUGUUGCAGCAGUUGCGCAAACUUGUGCAAGCUGGUGUCUCGCAAGCAGAGCUUUCUCAGAUUUUGAAUCAACUGCGCACUCUUGCCCAGUCCGCACCUACAUCCGCACCCGUCUCUGUUCCUCCACCUCCACCGGCGGCUCGUCCGUCGUAUGCUGCUCAGCAGGCCUCCUAUGCGCCCCCUCCUCCUCCUGCUCCCCAAUCGUCGUCCUAUCCCCCUCCUGCUUACAUGGCGCCUACUCCUUCGACCGCGUACACCGUUCCGAAGUCUGAACCGAUAGACCUAGCGAGCUUCUUGUCUUCUGUUCAACCGCCAGCUGCGUCUGCAUCUGUCCCUACAGCGUCGGCGCCGACGAACAACAUCGCAGACCUUUUCAGCGCAUUGGUCAAGGCAGGUGUCGUGUCUUCGACUGGGACACCAACGGGUGCCGGUGCAACCGCCAAGGCGGAAGAGCCGUCAAAGCCCGUUGAUCCCGUGAAGGACGCCGCAAGGAAGUACAGAAAGGCAAUUCUGAAGCACAAGAUCAAGCUGACCUCCGCGGAUAUCUCAAAGCAACGUUCGCAUGUUGUCGAGUUCAUGUACGACCGCCUGCCUGCACAGUGCAAGCAGUGCGGCAUCCGUUUCCCUGAUGGGGCGAGCAAGAAGACCAUGGACGACCACCUGGACAUGCACUUCAGGCAAAAUCAGAAGGCGGGUCAGGCAGUCAGUCGCGGUCACAGUCGUUGCUGGUUCGUAACGGUUGAGGAUUGGACACACGAUGGCUACGUUGAUGUCAAGGGCAAAGGUCGCGCGGAUGGCCGUAAGAUUAGUUCGAGUGCAGCUGCUGCCGCGGAAGCGGCGAAGCGUGAGGCUGAGCUCCGAGCCCUCUAUGUGGUCGUGCCGCCUGGUGACGAGGCAAAGCCAAUAUCAUGCCCAAUUUGUAAGGAGCCAUUGAAGUCGGAAUUUCUGGAGGAUGACGAGGAGUGGGUGUGGCGGAACGCGGUGAAGCGCGACGACAAGAUAUACCAUGCGACAUGUCAUGCCGAAGCUACGGCGUCUAAGAGCACCCUGGCGGUGCGUUUGCGGAACGAGAAGACGGGGAGCCGUAGUCGCUCGAUCACACCUGAGAAGCUGCGGACGCCUCCGAAGGCUGCUGUGGAUGGCGUGCCUCACAAGUCGAAGUCGCCGUCGCCGACGUCACCCGUGCGGACGAAGCGUAAGGCUGAGGACGAUGAUCCGUAUGCGCGCCUGGAAGGUAAGGGAGAUGCGCCCCCGGCGAAGAAAUUCGCUGUUUCAGCAUGACGGUCGGACUUGGAGGGGCAUCGGACGAUAGUGCAUUUGUAAUCGUUAUUCUCUGAUUAUUCCCCGCACGACCUGCAUUGUAGCUUUACACACACACUAGAAUGGCAUCAGGUUGAAAGGCGA